UUCAAGCCAAUUCUCUCUUGGUUUGGGAAGAUAUCCUCUCUCCUUGGACCAUCGGUGCGAACCCGAGGAGGAUCCAAAACAUGAAUCGACAAGUCAUUAUCAUCAGACUCCCCUCGUUUUGUUGUGCGAACAUCAACGAACAUCUUCGCCUCGCAUCUGAUGUAUCUGAGCUCCUUAGUCAACAUGGCGGUAAUGAGGCACAAUCCGCGAUACGAAACACAAUUCAUUUGGCAGCACCAAUCCAAUGCCUGGCAUGUACAGUCUUAUCCACCAUGCUUCAGAAUUUUCGCGCCGCAUUAAAGGCUUCACUGAGCGAGUCACCCUCUGUUCUAGAUAAGGAGCGGAAGGCGGGGUGGCCCCCUUUUUGGGCUGAGGAAUACCAAACUUAUUGGGCUUUGUGGCGCCUGCAGCGCUACUAUGGCCCCGGAAAGCUGCUGAGAGGCGAAGUCAGCCUAAUGACGACGACAACAACAACACUACCGCGAAAGGAGGAGCUUUGUGGGGAGGCUGAGGUUGGACUGCCGAGGAGAUUUAGAAAAUGAACACGGAUUGGGAUGGUUGAUUUGUGUUUUGUACUAAUGCGACCUGAUCUGUGAGUGAUCAAGGGUGAUUUGGGGUAUGGGUCUCUACAACACG